CAAGUCCUUAUUAGCUUUUACAUCAAAGACAUCUGUUCUCUCACGACGCGUAACGUCCACCGCAGCCAUGGAUUCGAAGCAGGAUGAAAUAAAAGCAACAAUAUCAGACAUAAAUGUGAAAUCUACUUCUAUGACUGGGCACUCUACGGGGAUUUCAGCGACAAAGAUGCAAGAAAAGAAGCUUUCCCAGGAAUUAACUAAAGUUGGUGACGAUAAUGCCCAGACAUUGACAGUGAUUUGGAGGGAAUUUGUGGACAGUACAACACUUCACGGCAUUCGAUAUGUCUUCAUGAAGCGUCAGAUCUUUAUUCGCCUUAUCUGGAUGAUAUUGCUGAUGAGCUCUGGGGGUUAUUAUAUCUUCACCAUUUACGGCGGUUUCACUAAAUACUACGGUAGACCAGUUACCACUUUAUUAAGCAGAAAACGCCUCAGAGAGAUGGAUUUUCCAGCUGUAACGAUCUGCCCACUCAACUUAUUCACCAAAAGUAAGAUAUUUAUGACAGAUGAUGAUCCACUGUUUGCGUCCAGCGGCCUAAACAUCAGUACAUGUGCUGUGACUGCAGAAGCUCGAGGCAAUUGGCCUUGCGGAUUGUCUAUACUUUGUUGUUGCUCCCCGGCAGAUUUGGAAAAUGAUUUACCACUUUGCGAUAGUCAUUAUAGACAAGUUCUCUUAGAGGUGAUGCGGCAACAUUCUAAUCGCCUAAAUGUUGAAGAAUUUUUUCGGCUCUACGGCCAAAAUUCAAGCGCUAUGAUUGGACCAUUGUGCACAUUCGGCUGGGACGAGGCUGAUUGCUCUGCCGCAGAUUUUGUCCCCUUAGUAACCCCUUGGGGUAUGUGCUUCACCUUUAACUCAGGUACAGACAAUGAAAUGAAAAUAUCAAAAAUUGCAGGAGUUUCAUCCGGGUUGUCAGUCAUUCUUGAUGCACAAAUACCAGAGUAUACUCAAGGAAAAUUUUCCGAAGGAUUCAAAGUGUUGAUACAUGGGCAAGGUGAAUACAUCGAUGAAUGGGAAGGUAUCAAUGUAGGACCAGGACAGCACGUUGUUAUUUCUCUUUCUAAGAAACAGUAUCAGAACCUUGAGAAGCCAUACGCAGCCAAUUGCACCAAGAAGGAGUUGAAUACGUAUUUUACGUACACGACAGAAGGAUGUCUUUUUGAAUGUAUGGCUGACAACGUUAUCAAUUACUGUGGCUGUCGACCUGCUGGUUAUAAAGUUACCUCUGGAACACCCGCGUGUAUAUCAUCCGAAGAGGCUGUAUGCGUUAAGCAGAUAGCAGCAAUGGUAGAUGAAGAGUACUGUGACUGCCAAGUUCCCUGCUCUCAGAUUAAGUACCAUCCUGAGGUGUCCUACUCGAAGUUUCCUGCUGCGAGUACUGCUGACUCACUCAUAAAGUCUGGUUACUAUGCCGAUAUACAAUACCAGAGAGAUAAUCUUGUGUUUUUACAAGUUGGAUUCAAGUCUUUGAGUUAUGAGAUGCAGGAACAGCAGCCAGCUUACGACAGCAAUUCCUUGUUUGGUGAGAUUGGUGGCAACAUGGGGCUCUUCUUGGGAUGCAGUCUCUUGACCAUUUGCGAGUUUUUUGACUUCCUCAUUAGUUUUUUAAAUGCACGAAACCGUCGCGUUACUCAUCCAUAACAAAUGCUUUUGAGUGAACAAAUCUUUUAAAGAUUAUUACGUGACAUAGUAACAGCUGCACUAAAUUCUGAUCAUAAACUAAGAUGAAACAAGGCAAGAAUCAUUUAAUUGUCAAUUUCUGGUACCCUGUCAAAGUUAUAACCUUUUUUACAAUCAUUUGAGUUUCAAACCUUUACUAUUGUUUGAGCAUUACAACUUACUUUGUUUGUGUGAAGCUAAUCGUGUUUAUUGUAGUUGAACUCGUUGUAAUGUAGUUUUGUCCAUAUCGAGCAAGUACAACUGAAAAUAGAUACAGCCCAAUCCUAAGAUCUCCAUGAACAUUUAGAAUCCUAAAUAACACCGUUACGCAACCUUAAACUGUGCAAAUUUUAAUUGAGUUUGUUACAUCUUUGUUUUCUUGGUGAAAAAAAGGUUAAGCAAUCUAUGCUAAUUAGAAAUGAUAAACACAAUUGGUUGCUCUGAA